AUGCAUAAAAGGCAUACAGUCGCACCUACGACUUUCCUAGCCUACAAUUCUUUUCCUUUUAAAUUUUUGUUUCCUAGAGACACCUUCUUUCACUCACUCUAUUUAUUGAUCAUGCCAAAGCCAUUAGCCAAAGAUUUGUCCCACCUCUUGAGUGAGGAAGCCAAGUCCAGAAAAUCUUCUCCAUUGAAGAGUCUCUUUACCUACUUUUCUCAGCCUAAUAUGACCUACUUGGGAGGUGGAUUGCCGCUUUCCGAUUACUUCCCAUUCGACAAGAUUUCUGCCGACACGCCUAGCGCACCUUUCCCUAACGGAAUUGGAGCCAAGGUCACCGACGAAGAUAAGACUGUUGUGGAAGUGUUCAAAGACAAGACCAAAAACGAUCCUGGGAUGAUUGAAUUGUCGAGAUCCUUGCAGUACGGUCAUACCGAGGGUCAGCCAGAGCUCAUCAAUUUCUUAAAGGAGCAUACGGAGCAAAUUCACAAGCCUCCUUACGAAGAUUGGGGACUUAUCUGUUCUAUUGGAAACACCCAGUCGUGGGAUGCCUGUUUGAGAACAUUUGUCACUCGUGGAGACGCUAUCUUGGUGGAAGAACACACCUUUUCGUCUGCCUUGGAAACGGCUGAGGCGCAAGGAGUGAUUCCCGUUCCAGUUCAGAUGGACAAUGGCGGUAUUAUUCCGGAAGCUUUGGAAAAGUUAUUGGACAACUGGGUGGGACAAAAGCCCAAGAUGUUAUACACAAUUUGCACGGGCCAGAACCCUACUGGCUCUUGCAUUGAUGCGGAAAGAAGAAAAGCGGUCUACAAAUUGGCCCAGAAGCACGAUUUUAUCAUUGUGGAGGACGAACCAUACUACUUUUUGCAAAUGGAACCUUACACAAGAAACCAGGAUGAGAGAAAGGCUAAGCACGUGCACAGCCACGAGGAGUUCAUCAAAGCUAUGGUGACUUCCUACCUCUCCUUGGAUGUCGACGGUAGAGUUAUCCGUUUGGACUCUGUAUCGAAGACGCUUGCCCCCGGCUCUAGACUUGGGUGGAUUGUAGCGCAAAACAGCUUGUUGGAGAGAUUUGUGAGAUUGCACGAGGUGUCGAUCCAAUGUCCUUCUGGUUUUGCUCAGUCGUUGUUGAAUGGAUUGUUCCAAAAAUGGGGACAAAAAGGUUACCUUGAUUGGUUGAUUGGCUUAAGAGGGGAAUACACCCACAAGAGAGACGUUGCUAUCGAUGCUAUGUAUGAGCAUUUCCCACAGGAAGUUGUUCAGAUUGUUCCACCUGUGGCGGGUAUGUUUUUCGUUGUGCACAUUGAUGCUUCAAAGCACCCUAAGUUCAAAGAGUUUGGUGAAGAUCCUUUGAAAGUAGAAGAGGCUGUUUAUGAGAAGGCAUUGGAAAUGGGCUGUUUGAUGGUUCCUGGGUCGUGGUUUAAGGCAAAUGGCGUAACAAACCCUCCUCAGCCUCCAGUUCCAGAAAAUGAAGAGCAUAAGCAUAGUAUUUUCUUUAGAGGCACCUAUGCGGCCGUUCCUUUGGAUGACUUGAAAACUGGUUUGGAAAAGUUCGGAAAGGCAAUCAAGUUGGAGUUUGGCUUGAACUGA